GGUCGUCUUCCAGAAGAGAUCUUCCGGAAGCGGUAGAGGCGGGUUUACGAACGGGCGGCAGACGAGGCGUCCAGUAGAGGUGAAGAUGGCGGCAGCGGCUCAGCGCGUGGCUGGAAUCGUGGCGAAGAAAACCCCGCAGCUCGUAGCAGCGGCCGUGGAAUUCUCCCGGCCACGACUCUCCAAGUUCUGGUCGCUGGCCAAGGUGGAGCUGGUCCCACCCAGCCCGGCGGAGAUUCCUCGAGCUGUCGAGGCCUUCAAGGCGAUGGUGGAGAGGUCCAGACGGGGUGGCGUGGGAAACCUCACCGUCAGGGAGGCUCUGCGCAACUCCCUGGUGGGCGUUGAGAUCGCGAUGUGGUUCUACGUUGGGGAGGUCAUCGGCAGACGCAGCCUCAUAGGAUACAACGUCUAGACACCCGUCUAGACAGCCCACAUAGACGUCUAGACACCCCGUCUAGACGUCUAGACACCCCGUCUAGACGUCUAGACACACAGCCUCAUCAUCUCUCUCCCUGUGUCUCUGUCUCUCUCUGUUCUGUCUCUCUGUUCUGUCUCUCUGUUCUGUCUCUCUCUGUCUCCGUGUCUCUCUAUCUGUCUCUCU